CUAUUACUACUAUUACUACUAAUACUAUUAUUACUAUUAAUACUAUUACUACUACUAUUAUUACUACUAUUAUUAUUAAGGACCACCGCCGUCUCGUAGUCACCACGUGCGUUGCCGGCUCUUUAAAUAUUGAGGAGGGGGGGAUUUCCCCCCAGAAUAAAUAUAAAUGUCUCUUCUUGUUAUUUUUGUUUGCCGACCCCUGCCAUGGGACAGUCAUUGCUGAGUUCGUGUCAGUACGACAGCGGUGUGUGUUCCGAUUAUAGAUCUCGGAAGGGAUGGACGAUGGGCUGUGAACAGGUGCCGAUGGGUUUCACACCGUGCUCUGUGCUGGGACACUGCUAAUGCCUUGCUCGUGGAAAGCUGUUCUGACCAAACUUGAUAACCCACGUGAAUAUUUGUUUUACUUAUAGCCUUGAGAAUACUUUGCAAAUGUUCUCCCUAUAGUUGUUUGUUGUUAUUGUAUCGCCAGAUGAGCACAAAGUCAAAUUAACACCGCUUCCAUUCACGUCGUCUGCCACAAAGCGUGCUUUGGUGUGGGUGCUGAAGCUGCUUCCAGCGCACGCGUCCCAUUGUGAAGCGUCACUGUCGUGAUCCAGUACCGCACAAUGGGACUUGCGCGUGUGUGUGUCUGCGUGUACGUCUUUGCAUUGACAUUUACUAUUACGUGAUCAUUACCUGUGCCGUGUUUCUUCAUAAUUGUGUCUUUCGCAAAUGGCUACACAUUUUGAUCAUGCCGAUGCAGCACGUGAACAUUUGUAGCGUCGCCUCAUUGUUAACGUCUGCUUCGCACUCCUCUGGUUUCACGCAUUUCCAAUUUAUGCCCAAACUGUCCGGUGUUUUCGCGCCAAGAAUAAAACCUUUCCCCACCGAGGCAAACAAAAAACACAACGGGGCUCUUUUCUGAAAAGCUACGCCCUGUAAGUUUCAGGAAAACAAAAAUUCCUUUGUUCGUACUCGCACCGAUUACAGUGCUGCGUUUAAAAUUCGCCUGUCGGGAGGCACCUUUUGUUUAAUAACACUGAUUGGACGUUAUUCUGAUUGGCUGCUCUGGCAUUAUUUGGACUGGAGUCGGAGGUUUCCCAGCUGCGGCACAGAAGCAUGGAGCAACUCUCCGUCUCCUCUUUGGUUGCUGCGGCACUUCCUGCUGGUGCUGUGCUCGCUCGGCAUCGUCUACCUCGUCAUCACCGACGUCUUCAUCUCCAGCAUGGAGAAGUCAUCGCGGAUUCACCGCUUGAUGGCCGAAGUGAAAAGGCAAAUCAAUCCAAAGCCGCCUGCCAAGAGAGGCAACGUGUGCGGCCUGCAGUCUCCGUGUCCCCCGCACCACUUCUCCUUCAGCAUCGACUCCGGCGCCGGAAACUUCUUGGGGCCUACGUUGUGCUUUAACGACGAGAUAUUAAUGAGCACCGUGCUGAAUAACGUUGGCUUCGGGAUAAAUAUCGCAUUGGUAAAUGGUACGAGUGGUAAAAUGAUAACGACGUCGUAUUUCAACACGUUCAACGGAGACGACGCGGGAAUGGUGAACUUCCUGCGGUCCGUGAGGCACGGCACCAUCGUGAUGCUCGCCAGCUUCCACGACCCGGCCACCAGGCUCAACACCACCGCGCGGCAACUGCUGACUGAGCUGGGGAGCUCAGUGGCCCGGCUGCUGAAGAGGAGGGACAGCUGGGCUUUCGUCGGGGCCAAGGGCAUCCGGGGGAAGAGCCCCUUUGAGAUGCACUUGCGGAGUAUCCCCAAGAAGAACCUGUAUGAGAACUGGCCCGAGAUGCUGCAGAUGGAAGGCUGCAUCCCCGAACGGACGUGGCCUGGGCACAAGAAUGUCACCUCGCCACCGCACGCCGAGCCGGCCAUGGGUGCCAAGCACAGGAGGAACGUGACGGCAAACGUGCCGGACGGGGCCUAGCAUGGACCCUGAAUGUUUUGCGAGCGUGGAGAGAUGCCGUGGUGUUUACAGAAGUCGUGUUGGGGGGGGGGGGGGGGGGGUCUCGCAAAGUACUUUGUACGUUACUUCAUUUUAGCCAGCCGGGGUCUGUAUGGGACGAUUACCCGGACAACAUUUUCACUGCCGGCACACAACAUCCGGUAUGCCUCUCAUCGUGAUGGCUGUAGCUAAUACUAGUCACGUAACCACCUACUCCGGUCUAUCAAUGACACCAAAAGAUAUUUCCACACCCGACAGACGAUAUCCAGUCUACCGCUCGCUAUGACUGUUGUUACCAAUCACGCUGUUUUACUAGAGUCUACUAGCGACCCAGAAGACAUUCCGUGAGAAAUGAGGCCCUGGCUAAGGAAGCUUUGUGAACACAAUGAACUGGAUGAGUUGCUGCAGUAUUACAUUCACACGCAACUGCAAUGUGCUCUGUGUACAGUGUAUAUAUGAAUGUGUAGUAGUAGGGGUGAGUUUCGGUUAUCGGAUAUUUGAAUCUUUUGGCACAAGUACGGAUUUAAUUUCGUAUUUUUGGAUUUAAAUGUAAUACAUUCUGAUAACUUUCCUUGUCUCCGCACCGACUUUAAUCCUUUGAAUAAUUUCUAAUUUGACUAGAUUUUUUUGCAUUAAGUGCCAUCGGUAAAACACGGGACGUGAUCCACUAACUGUGGGAAAAUGCUGCCCCUAAGUGUGCAUCAGAAGUUACCGGACGGAUCUCAGAAGGCGAGAAUAUGGAAUGAAUUUUCAUCUCAUGAUAUUUUAUUGUUCUUGAUUACAUCGUUAAACUUGUUUGGUGAGGAAAGCCUCAGCGAGUCUCUCAAGACUAUUUUUCUCAGGAGGGUGCUGCUAUGUUUUUGCAGUCAGUGAUGACAAUGGCCGUGUUGCUGUCAAAUAAAAGAAAUUAAGUAAAUUCAAUUAAGUAAUUUAACAACAGCACAGGUUGUCGAAUUGGUAGAAAUAUAUAAUGUUUACACGACAGCGCUUUACAAAGAGUAGUCCUUGACAUUGAUGCCCUUGCUUGAAUACUGUUUUUACGCCUCAGGAAUAAAAACAAUAACAAUGAUUUUCAAUCUUUUGUCAAUGCACUGCUGGAUGAGGGCUUCGGCACAUCAUGUGGGUUUUGUGGGGUUAUUUGACUGUACUUCAGCAUAUUCUACCAGUACAUAAAUGUAUCUCUUGAAGACUCGUCAUCAGGCGGGUGGAUCGGGAGCCUUAUUUUUUGUCAGAUCGCUGAGCUAGCACUGCUGACACUCUGGGUUCAAAUGCAGGUUUCAGCUAUUGCAGAUUAAAGGGAGUUAUCAAGUGCAGUGCGUUGUUGGUCUACCUUGUGUCCAAUGAAUGCGCACAGACAAAAUAUUACAUUUGGUAUUUCACUUAAUGUGGGCAAUAUCAGUCCUGAGGACCCAAACAUGUUUGGUUUUAUUUUCAAGUAGUCAUAACUCGUGCAGAUUUUUUGUUGGUGGUGCAUACAUUUUGUUGGUGGUGACAAAUUCUGUUCUUGCGAAUGAUGUCAAUAUGUUCAAGAGCUAAAUGCCAAUGUCGAGGUUUGGUGGCCACAAGAGGGCUGCCAAAGAGUCCGUGUAGUUUUGCGAUUCCUCCUCCGUUGAAAGAGCGCAGACUCGAGUGGGUCCACGAUACUCUCCACAGUUCGGGUUGCAUGGCCACAACCGCACCGCCUGCGAUUGUGGCCUUUAAUUAUCCAUCACGAAGGGGAGAUGUGCGCAUCGCCCUGUUGUUCAUGUUGUAAUUGAGUUGAUGGUUACACCGCCAGUGUCUUCAAGGAGGAGGAAUGUCAAAGCCAGAAGGUGUGAGGUGCAAUGUAUCUUUGUCAAAUGGACCAUGAAGAUGGGCCAUUUCUAAAAAAACGUCACCUGUAUUAUGUUUGUUUCCUUUCAGGGCCACGGUGUUAUGGACGGAAUGUGUUGAGAUUUUUUU